GACCAAUAGACAAAAUUUGCCAAAAAAUUAUUUUUGCCACGUAAAAAUAAAUAAAAUUUGACAAUUUUCUGCACGUGUAAAUUGUGAAAAAUCGCUAAAAGUGUGGAGAGAAAAGCAAUAAAUAGUGCUUUACAGCUUAGAUGUUAGCGUUACAUGUUCAUUACGUUUCAAACUUUUAAAGUAACAUUGUUCUGGUAACAUUCCAAAAACAAACUCGUUCAUGUGUCGUGUGAUGAUGAACUUGUGAACCGGCGUUGCUGUUGGCGUUUUCGUACGAUUUGGGUUUUUUGUGUUAGUCCUUUGUUCGUUUCCAUGUCGCAAAUGAAGUAACAAACAGCCAUCCGUGUGACUUUAUUAGUAUUUUGUGUUAAGUAGUGUAGUUCGUCAAAAAGAAACGAUGUUAAACGAAAUGAGUGUGGAGAAUGGCGGCGGCGACGCUAAUAAUUCCAAUGUGUCACCGACCAAACUCAUGGUCAACUAUAUACCGGAGCUGAUGACGCGGGAUAUGAUGUACGCGCUAUUCUCCGCGAUGGGCAAAAUCGAGAGCUGCAAGCUGAUCGCGAACCGCGGGUACGGCUUCGUGGAGUACGAGAAGCACGAGGACGCCGAGAAGGCGCGCGCGGCGUUCAACGGGCUGCUGAUGCAGGGCAAGACGCUCAAGGUGUCGUUCGCGCUGCUCAACCCCGAGAACAAGGCCAGCCACAAGCCCGACAUCGAAUCCAACCUGUACAUCAGCAACUUGCCGCCUGACAUGACUCUGGAGCGUCUCAACGCCCUGUUCGGGCCGUUCGGGCACAUCACCAACAGUCGCGUGUCGCAGGGCAUCGGCUUCGUGUGCUACGAGAGCCGGCAGCAGGCGGAGGACGCCAUCACGCACCUCAACGGGCAGACGCCGCUGCCGGGCGCGGGCGCUCUGGUGGUCAAGUUCGCCAACAAGCCCAGCGGCAAGGGCGUGACGCGGCGCACGGGCCCGGCGGCGCUGUACAACGGCGCGGCCGUGUUCAACGGCGCGGCGCCGGCCUUCAACGGCACCAACCUCAGUGCGUUCAGCGCGCGGCCCGCCUUCGCCGGCUUCCCGCAGGCGUCGCCGCCGCCGCUGCUGCCGUCGCCCGGCAAGGCGCUGCCCUUCGUCACCAAAGGGCAGCAGCGCUUCAACCCCAUGGCUAGCACGGCGCACGCGCUGCCGCUUCUGGGCGCGCCCGCCAGCCCCGUGCCGCUUCUGGGCGCGCCGGCCGCGCCACAGACCACGGUAUACGUCUACAACGUAGGCGAAGAUACGGACGAGCUGGCACUCUGGCAGCUGUUCGGCCCGUACGGCGCCAUCGACUCCAUCAAGGUCAUUAAGGACCCGGAGACCAAGAAAAACAAGGGCUUCGCCUUCGUCAACAUGCGUGAGUACGACGAGGCGGCCAUGGCCAUCCAGGGCCUCAACGGUUACACGCUCAACGGACAGGUUCUCUCGGUUAGCUUUAAGACGCAGAAGAGAAGUAACUAGUUAACGGACGUUUUGAACGCCACCUCUCGUUUGUGAUCGUCCCGGGGCCGAAAGCUUAAAGAAAGAUUUCAUUCCAAUCUCAGAAUAUUUUUGUAGUGGAGACGCGAGAUCCUCUAUGUGCAUUUCAGAUUAGUGGCAUAAGUAUUUUUGUAAGAUUAAUAUAGUUUUGUACCGUACUGGCGAGAGCGCGACGUGACUUGUUGAGAGUUGAGUUGCUUGAACGUAUCCUAUAUGUGUACUUGUAUCCUAUGAUAUGGUAUUAUAUUAUGAACUAUGUAUGACCUGUCGGAUAUGUAUUUAUGGGGCCGGCCCGCCUGCCAGUCCGCCUGGCCCUCUUACACCCUCCAGGUAUUUUUAUUUUGUGUAAAACCAAACAUUGUAUGUUUUUUAUCUUUAAUAAAUUUCAUGUUUAAAUAG